UGUGAAGUUUUGUCUUUCCACUUUCCACGACUUCUAUUCUCUUUCCGUUUUGUUUCACAACCUGUAAAGAGCCAUUUUAUUUUCUUACUCUAAGCUUCUUUUGGGCGAUUUAGCAACUUAUUUUAUCCGUUCCCUGGCGUUUAUUCCUUUGUUUCUUGUUGAAAUGGACAUUGUUGCUGACAAGUCUGAACGCGUCAACUGUCCAUUUGAUCCUGUUCACGUUAUUGAGAGACGGAGACUGCAGGCACAUAUAAUAAAAUGCAAGCGUAAUCUCCCUGAAAACCAUGACUUUGUUCAAUGCCAAUUUUGGACUUUACAUUAUGUGAGGAAACAUGAUCUCGAAGCACAUUAUUCAACAUGUGAGCAUGCCUUAAUGAAACAGGCAACAAAGAGGAUGGCAUCUGCUGAACCAUCCAGAUUUAGAGAGCCUAAACUAAUUUACAAUGAUACCACAACAACACAGUCUUCAUUUACAGAUGAAUCAUGGGAUAUCCCAUCUGAUCAACCUACUUUUACGCCAGAAGCUUUAAGAGCACAAGCAACACACAUGACGAUUCCUCAUGGGUUAACAAAAUCAAAGCGAAGAGAGUAUAGAGAACAGGAACGUAAAAGACUUCGAGAACAAGAAGCUGCUGAGCUUCUUGUAAAACCUGAAAAGAAUUUGAUGCCAGGAACUUCAGCAGUCAUCUCAGAGCCAAAUGAAAAUCCAAGAAAACCAGAGAUGCCGGCCAACCGCCCCGUAAAUGCGUCGUUUAUCUCGUCCACUGGAUCAAGUUAUCCUGAUAGUUCUGCCGGAUCGUCUACAACCUCGAAUUAUACUUAUGCUGGUCUCCCCCAGUACGGGCUAUCCCAUCAAGGCAUGCCACCACCUCACGAGAUGCCCACUUCCCAUAGAAUGCCUUCUCACGGGCAGAUGCCUAGCAGGGGAAGGGGAUAUUUACUUUCUCAAUCAGCGUGGAAUGACGACGCACGACAGUCAUACCAUCCCUAUCCCUAUAAUGGGAUUCCAUACCGUUAUUCGCCAGAUGAUUUUCCUGGCUUUUGAAGCUACGAAGUUGAUCUAGUUUCGGGAAAUCUCUUAUUACCCUGCAGUUUUGCACCUAAAGGUUUCUGAAUUGAGCUUUUCCUAUCUUUGACUUUGAACGACUUCUUCAAUCUUAACUUUUGACUUAUACUAUUUUUAACAAAUUUGACUUCAUUUUAGCUAAGGUAUGAUUUACGUUAACCAAACUGAUGGUUUCCUUUAUACUCUUAAAACUAUUUUUAAAAUGAAGUUUGGUGUUUAUUGUACGUGAUUCGAAACGUCUUGUUGGCACAGGAUUUAAACGAUUUCUUUUACAAGUA